AUGAAUGCAAUUAAAAUUAAACGGGGUCAUGCCAAAGGCACUUUGACUCGUGCGGCGGGGUAUGCAGAUUCUUUACCAGAAGACGUCACGUUAUCAGAGCUUGAGAUUCGUUUAGAAAGACUUUACCAAGCGUGGUUAGAUUUCUUGUCUCUAAAUCAUGAACUAUGCGAUUUUUGUGAUGAGGAAAAUUUUGUUGAUCCGAGUCCUGAGUUCGGAGAUUACGAAGAAAAAUAUUUAAAAGCCCAUUCGGUUUUUACAAAUAGGGUUCGUGAAUUAAAUUCUCAGAACGUUAGCGCUGACGACUCAAUAAUAGAAAAAUUAGCAGAUCAACAGACUUCCUUUUUAAAAACUUUAAACUCCGCAACACAAAAAUCAUCGGUUAAGUUACCAACUGCUAAUAUUCCCAUUUUUGAUGGCAAAUAUGAAGAUUGGUCCGAGUUUAAGGAUCUUUUUCAAAGUUCGGUUGACCGGAAUACAAACUUGAGCGGUUCGCAAAAGUUUCAAUACCUCAAAUCGUUUCUGCGAGGUAAUGCUGCGGGCUUACUAAAACAUAUGCGAUGUUCGGAAGAUAAUUAUAUUGAGGCUUGGGACAGGUUAGAGGCAAGAUAUGAAAAAAAGAAUCUUAUUGUGCAGGCUUUUGUUGAAUCUUUUCUUUCGUUACCUUCGUCCAACUCCGAAAAUAUUCAGUUACUCCGUAAGAUCACAGAUGGGGCCGACGAAGUUAUUCGUGGAUUAAACGCAUUGCAGUGUAACAAUCGUGAUCCUUGGCUUAUAUAUUUGCUACUGCAAAAGGUAGAUUCGGACACUAGACAAGCUUGGGCAGAUAAUUUAGGUGCCAAAGAAGAUCCUUCGAUAGACCAAUUGUUAAAUUUUCUGCAAUCUCGGUGUAGUGUAUUAGAAGCAUGCAGUUCGGUUACAUCAACACGAAAGAAACCCCUCGCAUCAGUUCGAUCACAUUAUGUAGAAUCAACACAAACUUGCCCCAAAUGCCAUGGUAGUCAUAUCUUGCCACAAUGCACAGAUUUUAUUAGUCUCGAUGUCGUUUCUCGUCGUGAAUUUGUCAAAAAACAUUCGGUUUGUUUUAACUGCCUUCGUCAAGGUCAUGGUUCCUAUAAAUGUCGGUCAAACUUUCGGUGUAAGACGUGCAAAGCUCGUCACCAUUCACUUGUUCAUCCUACACAAAAUCCAGCAAUUGAAGCUUCUUCUUCGAAUAGUAUUCAACCCAACAAUACAACAACGCCCACAAAUCCUACGAUUGUUUCUAAUCAUUCGCUUGAAUCUUCUUGUUCGUCUCAAACAAUUCUUCCUACAGCAAUUGUUAAGAUUCAAGAUAACCAGGGAUCUUUUCAAAACAUACGCGUGUUGCUCGAUACAGGUUCUCAGGUUUCGUUUAUAACCGAACGUGCAGUUCAAUGCCUGGGCCUUAAACGCAAACGAUCUCGUAUCCCAAUAACAGGAAUUGCAUCAACUUCAGCUGGUGUAACUAAUGGAUUAGUUACCACCAACCUUCGCUCUCGUUUUAACUCUAGUUUCGUUGAAGUUGAUUGUUUCGUAAUUUCAAAACUUACUUCGGUAUUGCCCUCGUUUUCAAUCGGUAACAUAGAUUCAAGUCUUUUGCUACUCGAUCUUGCAGAUCCAACUUUUAAUGAGCCUGGCGAAAUAGAUAUUUUGAUAGGUGCAGAUAAGGUGUUUAGUAUCAUAACUGGCCCAGCAACUCGAGCAGAUCAUCAAUCACCGGAAAGGAUUCCCACAAUAUUUGGCUGGGUUGUUGUUGGUCAAUUUAACCAAAAACCUUCUGGGGUUGUUAAUUUCUGCACAAAAUUAGACUUUAGUCAAUGUUUCGACCUUGAGAGGUUUUGGAGGUUAGAGGAAGUGUCAUAUGUUCCUGUCCUUUCUUUGGAAGAGCAACAAGCUGAAGAUAGACACAUGGAAGAGGUACCUUCAAAUGAGAUCUCAAUCGAUAACAACAGUUGUUUCUAUCUACCCCAUCACGCUGUUUUUAAAAAUGAUAGUAGCACAACGAAAAUAAGGGUAGUUUUUGACGGUUCAGCAAAAUCUUAUAAUAGUAGCUCGUUAAACGAAUGUCUUCUCGUAGGCCCCACAAUUCAACGUGAUAUAUUUUCGAUAUGCCUUAGAUUUCGUCGGCAUAAAUACACAAUAUCGGGGGACAUCGAAAAAAUGUACCGUCAAAUAUGGGUAUCACCUAAACAUACCGACUUUCAAAGAAUAGUUUGGCGAGAAACACCUGAAAGUCCUAUAAAACAUUAUCGUCUUCUUACGGUCACUUAUGGCACUGCUUCGGCACCUUUUCUAGCUGUUCGAUCACUGAAACAAGUAGCUCUUGAAUCCGCUCUUUCUCAUCCUGUUGCUUCAUCCGUUAUCCUUAACGACUUCUAUGUCGACGACGUAAUGACUGGGGCAGAUUCUAUCGAUGAUGUGAUUAAGCUGCAAAAGGAUCUUGUAGAACUAUUAAAAUCUGCCGGAUUUCAUCUUAGAAAGUGGACAACCAACUGCUGGCCCUUGCUGCUGUCUAUGCCAGAACAACAGAGGGAAUUGUCUCCAGUGGAAUUUGAGGAAUCAAGCUCAGUAAAAUUAUUAGGCUUGCAAUGGUGUCCAUCGAGGGAUUCUUUUUCCUACAAGGUUCGCUUGGAUAAAUGUCACACUGUCACUAAACGUCGGAUACUCUCUGAAUCAUCUAGAAUUUUUGACCCAAUAGGAUUUUUGGCUCCAGUGGUAGUUGGGGUUAAAAUUAUUAUGCAGGAUAUCUGGAAAGAAAAGUUAUCUUGGGACGAAGUAGCUCCAGAGUAUCUUGCUGAUCGCUGGACAUUAAUUCAUCAAGAACUUCAUCAGCUUGAAAAUCUGAGUAUCCCUAGGAUAAUGUGGUCGAACAAAACCAAUUACGAAUUGCAUGGCUUCUGCGAUGCAUCAUUAGACGCAUAUGGAGCUGUUGUUUAUUGCAGAAGCGUUAACCCAGACAAAAGUGUAUCAAUUUCAUUGGUGGCAGCUAAAACUAAAGUUGCACCUAUUAAAAUACUCUCGCUACCCAGACUUGAACUCUGUGGAGCUCUUCUUUUAACUCGUCUAAUAAGUAAAAUUCAGAUUUCUUUACAGGAGAAAGAAACCAAAAUAUUUGCUUGGACGGAUUCAGCCAUAGUUCUUCAUUGGCUGUCAGCACUCCCAAAAAGAUGGUCGGUAUUUAUUGGCAAUCGCACGUCGGAGAUAUUGUCUUUAAUACCUCGUAAGAUGUGGAACCACGUACGCUCGGCCAGCAACCCUGCAGAUAUUGCUUCUCGUGGUAUUUCACCAUCACAUUUGUGCGCAAAUGAGAUGUGGUGGAAAGGACCUCAUUGGCUCAGCUUGGACAGAAAUCUUUGGCCUACAUCAACCACCGUUUGUGAAGAGUUUUUAGAAGAAGAGUUAGAAGAGAGAAUAGUACCCAAAACAAAGGUAUUUGUAUCUAAUUUACAAACUAACAAUUUUUUGGAUCCUAUUAUUGUAGAUAAAUUGAUUAAAAAAGUAUCUAACUGGAAUAAACUUAUUCGCAUAGUUGCAUAUGUGCGCCGGUUUUUAUUUAACUAUUAUCGGGACCCUGAACAUCGUAAUUUUGAACCUUUGUCUACUAAAGAAUUGUUACAUUCUAAAAUUGUUAUUAUCAAAAAGGUGCAGUUUUCGUUGUUUUCGUUUGAAAUCGAUCUUCUUAAGAAUAAUAAACCAUUGCCUAAAAGAAAUAAACUUGUAUCGCUUACCCCUUUUCUUGAUUCCUACGGAGUGCUUCGCGUUGGAGGUCGUAUUCAGGAAUCAACUCUGAGUUACGAUCAAAAACACCCUAUGAUUUUAUGUAAAACUCAUCCGAUAUCUGAACUUAUAAUAACUUAUAAACAUAAUCAAUAUUUACAUUCCGGAGUAACAUUAACUUUUUCGUUAAUUAAAGCAAGUUUUCACAUACUCGGCUGUAGAAAUCUCAUCCGUAAAAUAGUACACAAUUGUGUUGUUUGUUUUCGUCAACGUGUUGUAACCUCACAGCAGCUUAUGGGUAAUCUCCCAAUUGAUCGGGUAAUUUAUUCCCGACCUUUCAGCAAGGUUGGCUGUGAUUAUGCCGGUCCAAUCACGUUGCGGUCAACUAGUUUACGAAAUCCGAAAUUUGUAAAGGCAUAUAUAGCCUUAUUUGUUUGCUUCGUUACAAAAGGAAUCCACCUGGAACUAGUGGGAGACCUCUCGACAAAUGCUUUUUUGUUAGCCCUAGAUCGUUUCGUCGCGCGUCGCGGUAAACCAAGCGAAAUUUGGAGCGAUAAUGGUACUAACUUUCAAGGAGCAAAACGUACUCUCGACGAAAUGUAUAGUCAACUUAUUAGUCAACACCAUAACACCAUUGUAGCUGAUCACCUUUCUAAAGAUAAUAUAAGUUGGAAAUUUAUACCUCCUGCUGCCCCUCAUUUUGGAGGGCUUUGGGAGGCAGGUGUAAAAUCUGUCAAGACUCACCUCAAACGAGUUAUUGGUGACAGCAAAUUGACAUACGAAGAGAUGUACACUUUAUUAACAAAAAUCGAAGGUCUUCUGAAUUCUCGCCCAAUGUGGCAUGUAUCAGAUACAGAACCGACUGCAUUAAGUCCAUCACAUUUUAUGAUUGGGGAACAAUAUAUCGCAGUUCCUCAAUCCAAUAUUUCAAAUAAUAACAUUAAAACUAAUUGGUUUGCUUUACAGACUCUCCUCAAAGGCUUCUGGAAGCGAUGGCAUCAGGAAUACCUGACAUCCCUUCAGCAUCGACCAAAGUGGCAACAACGGAAGAUGAAUCUUCAGAUUAAUGAUGUCGUCCUUCUCAAAGAAACUAAUUUGCCACCUUCAAAAUGGAUUAUCGGUCGUAUCAUAGAUGUCCAUCCUGGGAAAGACGGUGAAGUGAGAGUUGUUACCAUUCAAACGAAUUUUGGAACCUACAUUCGUCCUAUUGCUAAAGUAGCCCCACUUCCUAGUGCUGAAAGACCGGAGUCUUCCAGGGGGGGCUGA